GGGCGUUGUCUUUACCUUUACAUAUUCAAAGACAGGCCUCGCCUUAACUUUAGUGACAUCUAAAUACCAUUCGACAGCAGCGCCGCCUACGACCUUCCGAACACCUAUGAAAGUGGGAUGUGCUUAGGCAGGCCCACUUUACGUCAUAUGCGCCACUACACGCGUGAGGUGUGCACAGUAAUCCAGAUAUCUUUUCUUUUGUAGAUCUCUAGAUGAACGGAGCGGCGAGCUUGGGUAUACACAGCAGACCUAGAAGAUAAAUUGUUUAGGUGACUCACACCGAGAUAUUCGCCCGUCAAUAAAUUAUACCAUUUGCCUAGACCGAAGUCUGUUUGUUUCCACUCUAAUUACCAUCUCUUUCAGCCUUCCCAGUCAUGGCAAAGAUUUAUACUCCGAUUCCGAGCCUCAAGCUCAACGAUGGAACAUCCAUGCCCAUGCUCGGUUAUGGUACUGGGACUGCAUGGUUCAAGAGUGGAGAUGAUACUAAGGUGGACCGUAUUCUAAUCGAUACAAUCAAGAAAGCAAUUGAGAUGGGGUAUACAUAUCUUGAUGGUGGUGAGAUGUACAAGACAGAGGCUGAACUUGGCAUUGCCAUCCAAGAGAGUGGUACUGACAGGUCGAAGCUAUAUGUCGUCGCUAAAGUCAUAAAUAACCCUCUUGAUGUCGAGGGCUCGCUGCGAGCGAGUCUGAAGAAGUUACAGCUGGAUUAUGUUGACCAAUACCUCAUUCAUCACGCUUGGUGGACAUCUUCUCCGGCCGACAUCCAGAAAUCUUGGGCUCAAAUGGAAGCCGUGCAAGCGUUGGGCCUCACUAAAUCCAUUGGUGUCUCAAACUUCCGUCCACAAGAUUUCGAGGUUCUUCUCCGGACUGCCAAGGUCGUUCCAGCUAUCAACCAGAUCGAGUUCCAUCCAUACCUUCAACAUAACGCCCUAAUUGAACUGCACAAGAAGCACGGUGUUGCAACCUCGGCAUACGGGCCAUUGACACCAAUCGUCAAAGCUGCUGGUGGUCCGGUGGACGAGGCGCUUGCGAGACUGGCGAAGAAGUAUGCGGUCAGUGAAGGAGAAGUGUUACUGAGAUGGUGUAUAGAUCAGGAUAUCAUCCCGAUCACGACGAGCUCCAAGGAACAGAGAUUGAGUGACUAUCUGAGAGCUGCGACGUUCAAAUUGAAUCCGAGCGAGAUCCAGAGUUUGAAAGAAAUCGGGGAGAACAAGCAUUUUAGGGGAUUCUAUACUAACAAGUUCGAGGUUAAUGACCGUACUUAAUUGAGGCAAAGCAUAAUUAGUG